AUGCUAGAAUAUACAAAGAACAAGAAGAUAUCAGACUUCAUCAAUCUUGAUAAACCUGAUAUCUUCUCUGAACUAGAAGAACCUCUGAAACCCGAGUGUUCAGAAGAAGUCACUGCAGAGGUCAAGAUAGCAUAUAAUAUCAAGGUCACUGCGUGGAAAAUCAAAUAUAUGAAAUAUGAGAAAUUGAAUGAAGGUAUGUGUAACGUGGCGGAACUGAAGCAGUGA